AUGGCAUCUACCACGUCCAGCAAGCGCGCCAAGAGACUGGUUAACAAGCUGUCGGAGUUGCAGUACCACGAUCGGGAGUUGACUGGUCCCAUCUGCCUCUCUAUUAAACACGAUCUGCGGAGCAGCAAGUAUUGCAAGCUUGCGGAGGUCUUUCCCGGCCCAGACACCGUGCUGGACAUUCCUGUAGCGCGUGGCAGUGCUCGGAAGUUCAUCCUUUCUCAGCUUGAGGCCCAGAAACUGACAAACCAGGAAACAUCCGUCGUCUUUUUCAGCCCUCUGAUCCGCUACAUUGUGUCCUGCCUUCCCCCUGUUCGCGGAAAGUGGCCACCCACAACUGCAACUAUUUUCACUUGGCACUGCUUCCGGACGCACCGAACGUUCUGCAUAUUCGCCUUUGUCGACUGUACCACCACAAUGCCAUCCUACAGGUACACAGCUCAGCAGCUGCUCGAGCUCCGGGCGUUUGGCAUACCGAUGUCACUUGAGGAUGCGCCCCAGAAGGGGGUGGAUCGCGGCCUUCAAACGGGAUCCGCGGGUCGUCAGAGUGGUAGUGAAUCUCGCGAAUCUCGCACGCUUGGCCGUUUCCACAAAUACAGGCCGUUCCAUACCCAGCAGUCAAGCACAGCGCGCUCUCGAAUUGAUUUCCCUGGUGCGCCCGAUGAGAUUGUCUAUGUCACACGGCAGCCACGCCGUGAGGCUACGACUGGCAAUCCGGCCGAAAUGGAAUGGCGAUAUCGUGGCAGGGUGGGCUCCGAAGCUACGUCGGCCGAGCCUCUCUCUGCGCCGACCGGUAUCAAUGCUCAGCAAAGCGAGGGCUUUCAGCGGUUCUACAAAGCUGUCAUUUCCCCUACACACGUUCGAGUCACUGCUGGUGGCCGCAUUGUCCCUAACACGCGAGGCACCUCGCCCAUGUCAAAGCGCCCCAAGGACAAAGGAGAUGAAGGUGAUCUUGCUAAAGAUGUCAAUCCGCCGCCGGAUGACCAGACGCAGCGGGUCCCCGAUGGCCCAUACUUAGCUGGACCGCACCCAUCCAACUUGCCGCUGUAUGCUUUCCCUCCCCACCACCCAUUCUACCCGCCGUUCCCAGCUCCUAUGCCUAGAAUGUCGAUGAUGCCGCUACCCUUGGGACUCGCGAUGCCUGGUGGGUUUCCGUUUCCUCCUCAACCAGGGCCACCAGGCACUGCUUCUGAGAUGCUCCUGCCGGAGGCCGAGAAGAAUUUUGCCAAGGAAAAUGUGCAAAACGGCAAUCACAGAGAGUCAUCGAACUUCAAGACACCGGCGUUUGACAAAACACGCGAGCAUCCCAUGCGCAUGCCCUCCGAGCAGCUUGAUCGUACGAAACCAUUUAUUGUCAAUGGCCAGGUGGUGUACCCCUUUGCGCCUCCAGCUGUUCCGCCUCAUAUCGCGCGAAUCCAACGCAUCCUGGUCCAUCUGCCGUGA